AUGGCCGUCAAAGUCUCACAGAGACUUGAAGAUCUGGACCCCGACAUGGUCUGCGUCGACUGCUUCUCGUCUCCGUACAUUCACGGAACGCGGCUGGCCCGGCGCAAGUACAUUGUCUUCGUACCCUGCUCGCCUGGUCUUACCGCCUCACGCGGCAGCUUCAUACCGCAUCCCAUUGCUGGCAACCGCAAGAGGUCAUGGGGAACAUUUUUCGAAAAUGCCGUUCUUCAAGCGCACGAGUUUCUUCACAGCCGCACCGAUGCCAAGCGACGUGCAAAGCGCCGCUUGCUAUUGGGCGGACUCAAGCUGAAGUCUUUUGGAUACUCUGAGGAUACAUGGAUCCUGCCGCCAUACUGGAAGGACCCUGACUGCGUGGCCGGCGUGCACUUCAACACGCUAGGCCUCGCCGACUGCCCGGAGCAGCCGUCGAAAUUGGCUUUUGUGGGAGCCGGUCUUUGCCCCGACAUGUCGCCCGCCAGUUCCGCCGUCGACGAAGACGUCGCUUGGAUGGAUGAAGCUUUGAACAGUGACGAGUACGUGGUCUACAUGAACAUGGGUUCCAUGUUUAUCUGGCGAGAGAAGGACUUCUGGAAUUGCAUGAGGGUGUUCCAAAACAUCAGCGACCAGCUCUUGGGACGCGUACGCUUCCUCGUCAAGAUCAACUCGCCCAUGGCCGCUGUCAAGGACGCUUCUCUGCACUUCCAGAUCCCACGAGAAAACCUGCCCCCCUGCGUCCGCCUCACCCACUGGGUCCAGAACCAGGCGGCCAUCUACUCGCACCCGGCGCUGCGCGUCUUCAUCCACCACGGCGGCGGCAACUCGUUCAACGAGGCGGUGCACUUUGGGCUGCCACAGCUCGUGCUGUCGCAGUGGUUCGACACGCACGAGUACGGCUUCUGCGCGGAGAAGUUUGGGCUCGGGUUCCGCAGCCGGCGGCCGCCGCGUAUCGAGCCCGCCGACGUGGAGGCGAAGCUGCUGCGGAUGCUGGGCCGGCAGUGGCCGGUCUACAAGGCCAACUGCAUGGCGUGGGCAGUUCGCAGUCAGAUCGGGGGUGGUGCGGCCGCGGCGGCCAGGCUGGUGAUUGCUCAUGCGGAACAGAGUGGCAAGAGCGAGACGAGUCAGUCCUCACGAUCGUCUUCGAUGUGCUACUUGAAAGAGGAGCGCUUUGCUGAGAAGGUUUAG